UAUCAUAGCGCCAUUUGCACCGUCAUUUGUUGAUAAACACGGAAAAUGGCCUUCAGCGAAGGAGUAAGGACAGGGCUUGUGUACGAUGAAAGACUAAGCAGACAUUUCAAUUCAUGGAAUCCAAAGUUUGUUGAGGUUCCAGAAAGGGUAACGGAUCCAUUUGCCGUCUGCGAAAAAUAUCUUUUGGUUGACAGAUGUAAGCGCAUCGAGUGCCGACCGGCUUCCGACGCAGAGAUGGUAUUAAAACAUUCAUCUGAAAUGAUAGAAAAACUCAAGUCAACACAUGACAUGACAGAAGACGACCUUAAAGAAAUGUCUACAAAAUAUGAUUACAUUUAUUUCCAUCCGUGUAUAUUUGAAAAUGCUCAACUCGCUUUAGGUGGCACCAUAGAGUUAGUGACAUCGGUACUUAGAGAUGAGGUCCGGAAUGGGAUGGCAAUUAUUCGACCUCCUGGUCACCAUGCUCAGCAUAACACUUACUGUGGUUACUGUUACUUUAACAACGUAGCCACGGCAGCUCAAGUUGCACUCGAUGAUUUUGGUCUGCAAAGAAUUUUGAUAGUUGAUUGGGAUGUCCAUCAUGGUCAAGGAACACAGUACAUGUUUUAUGAUGACCCCAGGGUUAUAUAUUUUUCUAUACACACGUACGAUUAUGGCCGAGAGUGGCCGUUUUUAAGAGAGUCGGAUUAUGAUUAUAUAGGAACUGGACCAGGAAGAGGUUACAAUAUAAAUGUCCCUUUAAACAAGACUGCAUGUGGUAAUGAAGAAUAUAUGGCAAUAUUUCAACAAAUACUUCUACCUAUAGCAUAUGAGUUCAGCCCAGAACUUAUUCUAGUGUCAGCGGGAUACGACUCGGCCAUUGGCUGUCCUGAGGGACUUAUGGAAGUAACACCGGCUAUGUAUGCGCAUUUUAUUAGUCUUCUUUCAUCAUUAGCUACUGGAAAAAUAUGUUUGAUUCAAGAGGGGGGUUAUUGUUUAAAAUCCUUGUCUGAAAGUAUCGCCCUAUCUCUUAGAGCAUUGCUCGGGGAUCCAGCACCAAUGGUUCAAGACUUUAAAGCGUCUGAUGACAGCGUUGUGGAGUCAAUCCUCAAUGUGAUCAAAUUAUUGAGGCCUUACUGGAAGUGUCUACAGUUUCAAGAUACUCUGAAAGAUUCGGAACAAAACGGAUAUCUAGAUCUACCUCCAAAAGAAGGUGUUGAAUUUUACACGGAUUGUAUGCCGGAGAGUUUUGAUUUGUAUCAACCUUGUUACGAAGAAGAUUAUGAGGACCAGAGGCACGAGCUGUAUGAGAAAAUUGAUGCUCUCAUUAGGAAUACAAACUUACAUUGUGCUCCUAAUAGUGUUGGAAUUGUUACCGAUUCUAAUAUGCUUCUUCAUAGAGAUCCCAGUGGUUUAUGCGAAGAAACGGACAGACGUCUAUCAGUAUGCUGUGAUACUUUGCGGUCUAAAGGAUUUUGGAAACGAUGCCAAACAAUUCCGGAAAGACAGGCAACAACAGAAGAACUGUCGGUGGCACAUACACCUGAUUAUAUUAAAUUAAUCAGGAAAACGUCAGGCUUGUCAGAAGAAAGUAUAGAAAAGUAUCAGUCAACAUUCCAGUCAGUUUAUCUUUGUAAGGACACAUAUUUAGCGGCCACGUCUGCAGUAGGAUGUUUAUUAAGUGCUGUGGAUAAUGUACUUAUAGGCAAGUCACAGGCCAGUGUUGCAGUGAUAAGACCACCAGGCCACCAUGCGGAGCCGAACGCAGCAUGCGGAUUUUGUAUAUUUAACAACGUUGCCAUUGCAGCCAAAUAUAUACGACAGCAAACGCCUACAAAACGGGUCCUCAUUGUUGAUUGGGAUCUUCAUCAUGGAAAUGGGACACAACUGAUGUUCUAUGAUGACCCUAGUGUUUUGUUCAUAUCAAUUCACCGACAUGACUGUGGAAAAUACUUUCCUUGUGGUUGUUAUGGUUCAAGUUCUCACGUGGGUAGAGGUCAAGGUAGAGGUUACAACGUUAACAUUCCAUGGAACAACGGGACACGAGGUGACGGCGACUAUAUCGCAGCUUUUAACCAAAUUGUGAUGCCAAUUGCAUACCAGUUUGGUCCGGAUAUUGUCUUGGUCUCGGCAGGAUUCGAUGCAUGUGUUGGAGAUAUGUUGGGACAUUAUGAAGUGACACCUGCGUGUUACGCACACCUGACUGCGAUGUUGAAAACUCUAGCGAAUGGAAAUCUUAUAAUGGCAUUAGAGGGUGGAUACAACAUAGAAUGUACAGCAAAUGCUAUGAGUAUAUGUGUUUCUGUUCUCCUUGGUGACGCGGUUCCUUCUGUAGCAUCAGUUGUGCCAUGCAACCAGGGUGUUGCCGAUAUCAUGAAAGUACUUGAUGUACAAAAGAAGUACUGGAGCGCAUUGAAAUACAGAGAAGCACUUCCCACAACAAAACAGUUAGAAAGUGUUCUGGCAGCCAAGGAAGCGAAGAAACUAGAACAAACAAGAACUAAUGAAGAAUGUGUGAAUGCCAAAUCUGACAAAGAACGUGAAACUGUAGAACAUAUACCUCAUUGUUAAGUAGAAGUGCAAUAAAAAGUGCAAUACUUGAAAUAGAUCUGUGAAAAAAGCAAUCAAGCAUAAUAUUAUGUUUAACAAAAUGAUUUAUAUGUGACAUGUUUAUAAAAAAAUAAAAACAAAAAAUUUAGGUGAUAAGCUCAACAACAAUAAAGCAAUGUAAACUCGAUUGUUAUUUCAAUUUCAUGGGCAUCAUAUUUUUUUUUGUUUUCAUUUAAUAGUAUAGCCGUAUAUUGAUGGUCGAAGACAUUUAGUUUUAAGCAUCAAGUGAAGGAAAAAAUAAAGUACAACAAAAAAAUAUACCCAACCUUUAUUUCUUUCAGUAUACUUACUAGUCUUCACAAAUUAACAUAAAUAUUUGUGAUUUCAUUCCCAGCUUGUGUUGUUUAUUUAAAAGAUUCAGUAGAAAUUGGGACUUAAACAAAUCAGUAAUUCAGAGGCACGAAUUUCCAUUUUAAAGAGGCAGAAAUUUAUAUUAUUAAGAGGCACGACAUUCCAUUAUUCAGAGGAACGAAUUUUCUUUAUUCAGAAGCACGAAUAACCAUUACACAGAGGCUGGAAUUUUCAUAUUCAAAGGCACGAAAUUCCAUUACUUAGAGGAAAGAAUUUCCAUUAUUCGGAGGCACAAAAUUCCUUUAUUCAGAAGUACGUAUUUCCAUAACACAGAGGCAGGAAUUUUCAUUUUCAGAGGCACGAAAUUCCAUUAUUCAGAGGAACGAAUUUCCAUUAUUCAGUGGCACGAAUUUCCAUUAUUCAGAGGCACAAAAUUCAAUUUUUCAGAAACACGAAUUUCCUUCAUUCAGAAGCACGAAUUUCCACUGAAUGCGUGAUGAUUGGCUCACUAGGAUGCUAUUGUAAAAGGUUACUUUGAUUAUUGAAAUAAAUUCAGAAGUUCUUAAGGCUAUUUUAAACAGCAUGUCUACAAACAAAACUUAGUUUCUUGAUAGAAUCGAGAUCUUCUUAUAUAUUGUUAUUUCAUGUAUAUCUCUUCAUUUAUACAUUGUGCACUAUUUUGAAUAUUUUUAUUGUUCUUUAAAUAAAACUGUUAUUAAGUAUAA